CUCGAGAGAGUCUCUCGGGAGGCUGGAUUAGGCACAAGUUGUGGUGAACCAGGGUAAAAUUCGGUGUGCCUCUUACUCUUCUCUUUACUUCUCUUUUGAUUUUUUAAAUCCUGCGAUUUCUACGGACAAACGCUAUUCAUCCCCCCUCUAGCGUUGGUAUUUUAUUCUAACAAUUGGUAUUAGAGCCUAACUCGCGUCCAAACUUAACCGUUUCAGAGUAAAGCGAUCAUGGGUUCUUCUUCUAGAAAUCUUUAUGCAGGAAUUGGAGAAGGUCAAUCAACCUCUAGGCCACCGCNCACUGCAAAAGAAAUGUGGGACAAGCUGGAGGUCACAUAUGAAGGUACGGACCAAGUUCGGGAAGCCAAAAUUGACUUCCUAACGCAGGAGUACGAGAUGUUCAGGAUGAAGGAAGGCGAAAAGAUCGAUGAUAUGUUCGAUCGGUUUUCAAAGAUCAUCAACGACCUUCAUGCACUCAAGAAGACUUACGCUAACAAGGAUCUUGUGAGGAAAAUCCUGAGGAGUCUCACUCCCGAAUGGAGAUCAAAGGCUGACGCAAUCUACGAAUCCAUCGGAGUCUCCAACGUCACUAUCGACGGGUUUAGAGGUAACCUCAAAACUUAUGAAUCUACUAUUCUAACCCCGUCUUUGGAUGAACAAAAGAAGAAGGGAAUAUCACUGAAAGCAACCAAGGCGACCGUGGAAGUUGACUCAAGCGAUGAUGACAACGAGUUCGGACUUGUCAUCAAGAAAUUUCACAAAUUCAUGAAGAAGGAAUUUGAACGGAAAGGAAGAAAGCACGACGGUCCCCCAAAGUGCUAUGGCUGCGGCGAGAUAGGCCACAUCAAGCCAAGAUGUCCAAAAGGCAAAAGCGGCAAGGACAAACCUGGCUUCAAAAAGCAACGAGCCUAUAUCUCAUGGGGUGGCGACUCUGGCGACGAGUCAACUGAUCAAGAAGAGGAGGAAGCCGCCAACCUCUGCCUCAUGGCACACGAAGACCACGCCGAAGAAAUACAAGAGGUAUGUACCCCUUCUUCUGACUCUUACACUCUUGAAGAGAUGCAAUAAGCUCUUCGAGAACUUUAUGAUGAAUUUGUUAACGCUUCUAAAACCAACAAAUCACUAAAGAAACGUCUUUCAACCCU